UCUCGCAAAUGAGUUACAAAUGAGAAGUGAAAACGGUUUGAGUCUUAAUAUAUAAUGUAAUUAGUGUUGUGUUUUGCGUAUCGUGUAUCAGGUCUACGACCCCGAAGAGCAACGAACUCUGGCCAUCAAAAUCGUGGACCUGAGCCGAGCGGACGAGCAGACAGUGUGCGGCUAUAAGAAUGAGAUCACUUUACUGGACAAACUCGGGUCAUGCAAACGAGUGGUGCGAAUGUACGCACACGAGUACCAGAACAACGGCCAACAGUUGCUUGUGGUGAUGGAAAAGGGCGACUCCGACCUCAACAAUGUGCUCAAGUCGUUCAUGGAGUCCGAAGAGAAGCGUUCACUCGAUCCGCAUUUGGUUCGCUUCUAUUGGCAACAAAUGCUCAAAUCGGUGGACGAAAUACACGCCAAGGGUGUCGUCCACUCCGACCUAAAGCCCGUCAACUUUAUACUAGUGGCCGGAAAGUUGAAGCUAAUCGACUUCGGCAUUGCCAACGCUAUUCAAGCCAAUAAUACGUCCGUUUUUAAGGAGUCACAGAUUGGUACGAUCAACUAUAUGGCGCCCGAAGCCCUCCAGAACCGGUCGGACAUCAGGGGUAAAACAGUGAUCAAAUACAACUGCAAAGCCGAUGUGUGGAGUCUGGGCUGUAUUCUGUAUACACUGGUCUACGGGCGGACGCCAUUCCAUCACCUGAACCAUCUGUUCCAGAAGGCCAGCGCUAUACUCGACCCAAACCAUCAGAUUAAUUAUCCCCCGAUCGAUGACCAUUUGCUGCUCGACUGUAUACAGGUUUGUGAUACCAUUUGUCUGUUUACCGACUCAAUGACCACUACUCGCUCAGUACUGGCGCUCCUGGUAUUGACUAAUAUAUUUCUCUCUGCGCCCGGAAUCUAA